AUGCUCUUCUCACUCGUUCUCGUUUUCCCUGCCGCUACCCUGGCGUCUUGGCUCCCAAUUAGACCAAGACAAGCGUCGACUCCUGAUGAUUGCACCCUCACGAGCACUCUUCCCCCUGUAACGCUGACCAGCGUCUACCCCGUGUCGACUAUUGCCGACUCGGGACAGGGUCAAGCCACUGGGGGAGGGUCCCUUAUUUACACCACUGCCUUGCCAACACUCGGUCCGAGUGGCCCCGGCCUGCACACCUACACCAUCACUGCGCCCUGCCCCUCGGCAGAGUGCCAGCCACCCGCCGCUACUGCAUGCCCUCCCGGGUUCACUACAGCUGUCGUGGUCUGCCAUGUUUGUGGAGAGAGCCCGGUAACUACAGUUUUGACUCUCCCUGGGAAAGCCACGGCAUCGCCCAACACGGAUGGCUCUACGAAUGGCUCCGCGGAUGUUCCCGGGCAUGGCUCCGACAGUGGGGUAAACGGUUACCCGGCAUGCAAAGGCGGCUCUUGCGUCCUUGGCUCAGCUCCUACCGUGUCUGGGUUUGUCAAGACUACUCGCCCAACAUCGUUGGAUCAUGCCAGACCAACCGGACCCUUGUCUUUGCCCGAGAUUCCGGCUGCCAACAACGCCGGAGCUUCUGUCCCGUUGCCGCAGAGCCCCUCUUCGCCUAGUGCUCUCCAUCCCCAGGAUCAGCCUCAGGGUGAUCGCCAGGGUGCUCCCGGAGCCGCAGACAUCCCUGAACACCAGCCAAUCCCUGGAUCUCCCAAGCCUCUUAGUGCGCCACCACCAGCGGGCUCAGGAUCGUCCCCGGGAUCCUCUGAAACUGUCGAAAAGCCAGCCACAGUUGGAAACCCGGGUACUGGAUCCUCAGACAGUUCUAAGAAACCAGAGGCUCAUACUCCCAAUGUCCCAGAAUCGUCAGACUCUGAGUCUUCGGCCUCGUCUUCAUCACCCUCAACGCUCCCUGAGUCCUCCACUAGUCAACAUCCCGAAAACCCUAAGCUGCCAGAGUCCCCCGAGGCGCCUGUUUCUCCUACCGUGCCCAACGCCCAGCUACCGGCGACGAACUCCCAGGGUGGUACUGUUGGAGGAGGAGCGGCACCAGAAGUUGUCUCGUCUCCUGAAGCCACACCAGGCGCCCCGACAGCUGUUGUUAUUACAGGGUCUGCCCCUGGAAGCAGGGUGGCCAAGACUACUACCCUCGGGACCGUCGUGGUUGCUUUUCUUUUCUGGCUCCCUCUUUAUGCCCACUAA